AUGGCUGAGUCUUUCGAGAUCGACCCCCAGGCCAUCAAGGAGCUCCAGCUUCUCGAUGCUGCCGCUGCCGAUGUCAACAACGAGAUCACUGCUCAGAGAUGGUUGAAGCACGUCCCCAUCUUUGCUCAGCGCCAAAAGACCAUCGAGAAGAUCCCCGGCUUCUGGGCCACCGUUCUCGACAACGCCUCCAUCGAGCUCGAGGGUGCCAUCACCAACAAGGACUCUGAGAUCUUUGCCAGCGCCCUCACCCACAUUGAGGUCUCCCGCCCCGAGAUCCCCGCCGGCGCCAAGGCCACCGACAGCGGCGUCGAGCACUUUGGCGAGCCCCGCAGCGUCGGCAUUGCCUUCCACUUCAAGUCCAACGAGUGGUUCGCCGACUCGGUCCUGGCCAAGAACUUCUACUGGCGCCGCGGCAAGGACGGCUCCUCCAGCCUGGUCUCGGACCCCAUCAAGAUCAACUGGAAGCCCGGCAAGGACAUCACCAACGGUCUGACCGACGCUGCCUACGCCCUCUGGGUCGCCCAGAAGAACGCUGGCCAGCUCGACGGCGUCUUUGCCGGUGAGCUCCAGAAGAAGCGCGACGCCGCCGCCCGCGCCCUGCCUGAGUACAAGGCCCUUGCCAACCUCCUCGAGAAGGAGUACAGCGAGGAGGCCGAGAUUGCUGGCGCCACCAGCUUCUUCAACUUCUUCUCCUACCGCGGCCGCUGGAUCAGCGCCGCCGAGAACGCCGAGUCCACCGCCGAGGUCCGCGCCAAGCGCGCCGCUGCCCUCGCUGGCCAGGACGACGCCGAGGAGAGCGACGACGAGGACGGCGACUACGAGUUUGCCGAGGAGGAUGUCGAGACCUUUGCCCCCGGCCACGAGAUUGCCCUCAACAUUGCCGAUGACAUCUUCCCCGACGCCAUCAACUACUUCCUCGCCGACGAGAUCGAGAUUGACAGCGACGUCGACCUCGACAGCGAUGACGAGGACGUUGAGAUGUCCUAA